AUUCCAAUUUAGGACACGAACAACUCCUCAAAAAGCCGCCUUUUUUAUUCUUUAUUAUCACCUUUUUUUUUGAUUAAUUAAUAAUAUUAUUGUUGUUGUUUAAUCCUCUCCUUCGAUAAUUCCGGGAACACGGGAGUAAUCGAAAGAGAAAAGUGGUGAUGAUGCGGAGAUGCGCUUUGGACCUUGUUCGGCGGUGUUCGGACUCUCGGAGAACGAAUUAUUUGGUUGAUGCAUGUAGACUCGGGUAUGGAUAUAAGCAGAACAAUUGUCCCCCACAUAGAGGAAGUGAUGAAUGCGCUUCGACGAUUAAUAGCCCGAGCUGUUCCAGUUCACAAAGUUACGCAACUUCAUGUGCUACAUGGCCCGAUACACAACCAAGAGAGAACCCCUCGUCUGACAUGUUGAUCGAUUCAUUCGGUCGUUUCCACAACUAUUUGCGAAUCUCAUUAACAGAACGUUGCAAUCUCCGGUGUCAGUACUGCAUGCCGGCCGAAGGGGUCGAACUGACCCCGAAUUCCGACCUUCUGUCCCACGAUGAGAUUAUUCGACUCGCAGACCUGUUCGUGAGUUCCGGAGUGGAUAAGAUUCGGUUGACGGGCGGAGAGCCGACAAUUCGGAAAGAUAUAGAGGAUAUAUGUUUGCAUCUCUCUAGCUUGAAGGGAUUGAAAACACUUGCUAUGACUACUAAUGGGAUUGUUCUCGCAAAGAAACUCCCGAAGUUGAAAGAAUGUGGGCUCAGUGCGAUAAAUAUUAGUUUGGACACGUUGGUUCCUGCAAAGUUUGAGUUCAUGACCAGGCGGAAAGGGCAUGCGAGGGUUUUGGAGUCGAUUAACACUGCCAUCGAGCUUGGAUAUAAUCCUGUCAAAGUCAACUGUGUUGUAAUGCGGGGAAUGAAUGAUGAUGAGAUUUGUGAUUUUGUCGAACUGACGAGAGAGAAGCCGAUUAAUGUUAGAUUCAUUGAGUUCAUGCCAUUUGAUGGAAAUGUUUGGAACAUCAAAAAGCUAGUACCCUAUGCUGAGAUGUUGGAUAAAGUGCGGCAACAAUUUAAGGAUGUAAGGAGGCUUCAAGAUCACCCUACAGAUACAGCCAAAAAUUUCAAAGUCGACGGACACUCUGGAACUAUAUCAUUCAUUACAUCAAUGACUGAGCAUUUUUGUGCGGGAUGCAAUAGGCUGCGGCUCUUAGCUGAUGGAAACUUUAAAGUGUGUUUAUUUGGUCCCUCAGAGGUGAGUUUAAGGGAUCCACUUCGUGCUGGUGUCGACGACCUCGAGCUAAAGGAUAUAAUUGGUGCUGCGGUUAAGAGGAAAAAACGUGCACACGCGGGGAUGUUCGACAUAGCAAAGACAGCAAAUAGACCCAUGAUUCAUAUCGGUGGCUGAGGUUAUCGUGGAUUCUGAGGGAGCUCCUUUUUUUUUUUUUUCUUUUUUUUCUUUUUUUUUUUCAGGGAGUAAAAGGUUCUGAUGCUCUUACAACUACAGUAUAUCAAAAUGGCCAAAAUCAAGAUUAUUUGAGCUCUCACCAACUUGGUGGAAGGUCUUGUUUCCAAGUACACACUGUUUCUUACUUUAUCCAAGCUUCUGACAUGUAAACUAGUGGGAUUGUUUUAAGCUGUAAACUCAAGAUCAUGUAAUGAUCAUACAUAGUAAUGUUGUUUUGUCCUUACAUGUAAUAUAUACACAAAACUUGGAUAUCUAUAUAUUUAUGUUGGUAUUUGGCA